AUGAAUCCCUGUGAUCCUGUUGUUUUAAUCAAAAAAGAUAAUAAAAGUAAUAAUAACAAUAAUAUGACAGUUUCUUUAACAUGGCCAUGUAUAGUUGAAAUUCUAGAUUUCAUUUAUUAUGAUAAAUGUACACCGUUCCGAGCCAAACUUGAGCUUGGUUUGGUGAGUUGGAGAGUAUUCAAUUAUAUGUCCGAUAGAAUCGAUGGCUACACAUUGUCCGAUGAUCAUCCCGAUACUCUAUUACAGCAUCUCAACAGUAGAUAUUGUAUAUUGAAGAAUAUUAGAUUUCUCAAGAUCCUUACAAACAAGGCGUUCGAUGUAGAGAAGCACCGUCAGUUGGCAGAACGACUCGCUCAUAGUGUAGUUCGUCUCACCGUUGUUUGUCAUUACCAAAUGGCAUUGGGAGCAAUGCAGCUACCGCCCGAUGCAAUCAACCACCUGAACGGCCUCACCGGUAUGCUAACCAAGGUCAAACAGAUUCGCUUCUGGCUGUCACACAACACUCAGGCAUUCAACGAGAUAUUCAAUGGAUAUGCCACCGACAACAUUGAGAGUUUCAAAUUGUUCAACCUCGAGGAAAAGGAUCCACUUGCUCUAGUCAACUACGACAACUACCUAUUCGCUUCCAACCCAACACAACUCCAAGAAUAUCGAGGACUGCUUUUGCCCGUAUUCCUCUCGAACAUUGAACCGUUCCAGGCGAAUCUCACCAAGCUAGCUUUGAUGAUAGAACAACCCUUGAUAGGAGAGACUUUCAUCGACAAGACAUUACCAAGUAUGACUAGUCUAAAAAGCUUAAGAUUCACCGUGAGAGUCCGUUUAAGUAAAAUAGAUCAACAUCUUGCAACCUAUUUAAACAACAACAACAAUAAUAAUGAUAAUAAUAGAUUGGAACAUUUACAUCUAAGUGGUUAUCUAUUGAAUAAUGAUCAACUACUUGAAGCAAUUGUAAAUAAUAAUAGAUUAAAGACAUUGUCGAUUCCUGGUGCUUUCUUUAAUAGAACCAUUACACUCAAUCUCUCAAAGCUGACUAUCUACAAACCACAGGUUAUCAAUUCACAUUUCCUCGAUGAAGCUAGCUCCAUGAUAAAGAGAAUCGUGCUUAAAGACAGUGAACCUGUGACACCACCCAUCUUAAUUUCCUAUUUCAAAAACAAUAGAUAUUUGCAGCAGAUCAAAGGUUUGGUAUAUAGCUCUGCACUAAUGAACGCACUAAAGGAUAGACCAGAGACAGACUGUCUUAGAGCAAUCGAGUUGAAAGUAACCGAUCCUAAUUUAGCAGUUAGAUUUAUUACAUCCAACAUUGCAAGCUGUCAAUCAAUACACAAUGCUAAAAUAGCUUUCUCAAGAAGAAUAGACAUACAAGCAGACUAUGAUCCAUUUAAAUGUUUCACCAAAACCAAUCCAUAUAACUUUUUAAAAAUAUCUUAG